AUGGCUCUUCUAUAUACAGGUGUACGAUUUUCAAUUUCAAAGGUUCCAUCAAAAGAAUCCCAAAGAAACAAGGUUUCGACGGCAAAAAUGUCUCUCACAGAAGAUCUCUUUUUGUGGUCCCCAUUCCGAAACACCACGACCAUCGAAUAUCUCACUGGCAGCAAUUUCAUCGACGAGUACCGACAGGCGUCGACCACUUCCAGCGCUUCCAACCAGCUCGGUGUUAUUGGCGAGGAACGGGCCGUUCGCCUUGGCCGAAUCGAUAGUUUCAGCUCUGACCGUCAUGCUGAAAUUGCCGCCGACGCCACUCGGGCGACUUCCCAACAACGGCAACAAAUUCGACGUCAUUCGGAGCAUCAACAGCAACUGCCACGUCAUCAGCAAGCACCGGCGACUCAACUGCAACUACAGGAGCCUCAAAUGCUUCAAUAUCUUCAGUAUCGGCAAAGAAUCGAGUAUCAGAAUUCUGGAGCGACUCGCUCGUUGUGCUGCAGUUUCUGCUACGGUACCGAAUGCGCAAAGUCGAGAAAAUCCGGUAUUCUUCUGAAAAAAGACGAUCCGGGACGGUGGUCGACUCAUUCUAUCAAAUGGAAGGGACUAGUGACCUGCCCGGUGCUCUUCCGUCAAGUCUGCCGAGUUUGUGGAGCCACUGGAUUCAAAGCUCACACCACCGCCGAACACGACAGAGCCAUGGAUCAAGAAAAUCGCGAAGCGGGUCGCCGUUAUACCGUUUCGCACUAG